GUCUCCGUGCAUAUGUGAAUUGGCCAUGCAUCGCACUUGAUGUGUUCUCCGUCCGCCCGAGAGCCAUGCAGCUGUUGUCACUUCUACUUGAUCUUCGCCUCCAUCUUAGUCAACCGCUCGUCCACCUGUUUAAGUUGUGCUUGCAUCUCGGUCUGUCGCUUAUCCAUCUGUUUAGUUGUGUCUGUAUUUCGGUUUGCAUCCUCUCCAAGACUGAAUGAAGAGAACAAAAGCAGAUGAAGACAUGUGCGCACGGUUCGUGCAUGUAGUGUUUGUCACCUGGCAGCAUCUCGGAUCGAAGGGCUGCAGGACAGUGAAAAAACCGUGCUCAUCCUCUGAUGUGAUGGGUCUGUCAGUGUGUUGUACGUGUCUCACCAGUCAUGAUGUCCGGAGAUGUCGUGUCGUGAUGAUCCGCGGCCUCCAUCCACUUGUCGAUGCGAUCUUUGUAUCCACCAAAACCAUCCCGUGCGUCACGCCUCUUUUCGGCUUUCUCCUCCUCAGUGUCCUCGGACGAUUCCUUUGGCACCACACACAGAUUCGAUUGCUGGAGGGGAUAAUGCAUUUGGAACUCUCACCUCUGCUGUGGCGUAUACGUACAGAAGCCACAAGGGCAUCACGAGGAUGAUCAGAAGCAUUUUGAAUGUCUCCCAGUACUUUCCAGCCCGUAUGCACUGUUGAAGCUCCUCCAGCUGACGGUAGAUGGCUAUUGGAGUAAAGGCGACGGCAAACAGGAGCGCAUCGACGGUGCAGUAGAGGGCCUUCAUCGACCAGAAGGCAAUGCGGCAGAGUGCCGACUGACGUCCGCUGAUGAGGGAGGCGACAUAGCGCAGGGGCUGCGACACGACCAAAGCUGCGCACACACACAGAUGCUCACAGUGUGGUGGGUGCAGCUGUGUCUCUUGUCGGUGGCACCGACCGAUGAGGUUGAAUGGCGGCGGGAGGCGUUCGUGGUGCGGCAUUGUGAGGUACUCAUUCAACACGCGAACGCGCAGCAACCUGCACUCAGUCAUACACCACCGGACAAAGAGAGAGCCCUUAUGUGCCUGACCCUGUCAUCUGUGUGUCUUUCUGUCCCCCUUGUCUGUCUCGGUUGCUUGUCUCUCACUGAUAUUGGGCUGUUUGUGUCUGCUCGAUGGCCGCAUACGUCGACGCCUGACAGAGAGAGAGACACACACACAGGACCAUUGAUCUGCUCGAUGUCCCUUGUGUCUGUCUCACCAUGAUGGCGAUGAGCAGGUUGAGCUAUCGAGGCGGACAGAGAGAGACAACAAAGGGACUCCUUGUGUGUGGCUCGUUUAACUGGACGAGUGUUGCUGAGCCUUCCGUACCAGUAUGAUGGAGGAGAGGAUGACGUAUGUGAACAGCAGGACGGUCCCCAGCGUGUCGUGGCUCUCGAUGGCGUUGUUCAGCGCCUCAUUGAAGUCGCCAAGACCCCCGUAGAAACUAACGCAGCCAACCAACAGCAUGACGACUGGCGCUCUCUCUCUCUGUGUGUGUCGGUGUCAUCGAGUACAGUGUGAGCGUGGCUUUGGCGAAGGAGCCGAAGUACUGGUGGUCUUCGUCGGACGAGAGGAGGGUGAAGACGACCGCGAAGACCAGCAGGAUGUAGACGUACAGACACAGAAACAUGCUGAUGUCCGAAAACAUCCUCACAACCGCACUGACACAAACACCCCCAUCACACACAGCAUCAGACAUGACCUCUCUGUGUCUCUCUCACUGACAGUAUGAGUGGUCCGACGGCUGGGUGCAGGCUGGCGGUUUGGAGGAGCCGCAGCGCAAAGAGCAGCGCUAUGACGAUCCCUGAGCUCACUUCCGCCUCCUCCGACGACCAGCCAGUGAAGUGGAUGGCAAUGAAGGCGAUGAUGGCCAGCGAACUUCCAGCAUCCACCCAGUUCCUUCAUCGGCCCACACCAACAGCACACUACUCAAGCUGCCAACACGAAGCCUGACGCGUACCAUGAGUCGUCCCAGUACGCUGCCUUCCGUCUGAAGCCCUGCACACACACAGAGAACGAUGAUGUUGAUCAGUCAUUCGUGUCUCCUGUGGUCUGUCUCACCUGGAACACUUCCAGAAGGACGAAGCCCAUGCCGGUCAGCACUGCGCCCCACAGCCACACCGCCGGCCAGCCCCCCGCCAUCAUCACGUCGCUGUCUCCCUUGAUCGACUCGAUGUGCAGCAGCACAAAGGCCACCCUGCAACACACACAGACAGAUAGAGAUGCUUCUCUCUGCCUGCAUCGUUGUCCAUGGCUGCAGCCUUACAUCAGCAGCAUUGACAGCACGCGGCUGAUGAAGACAUCACGGGGUGACAGCUUGACCCUCCAGCCUUCAUAGUUUUUCUUCCAAUGCUUUGUGACGAGAUUGAUGCAGUUGGCUUUCGCAAUCAUUGGCAGAGAGAGGCAGGAGAAAUGAGCGGACCGACAGAGAAACGAGGAGAUCGCUUGUGCGGCUUACCUUGGGUGACGACGGUCAGGGGCUCUGCAGACUCGAGCGCCGCAAACCAUUCCCUCUCUUUGCCUGCAAGUGACUCCUCAAAGCGGUAUUCCGAUGUAUCGCUGCAGAAAUUGGCUGUCAGGGCCUGAACCGAUUGACAAUCAAUGCAGCAGUGAAGACUGCUGCGCUCUGUGUGUCCGUCAUGAUCUACCUCCUGCCAAUUGGAAACAUUGGCAAGGUCGUCUGUGACGGAGUCCUUCGGGCGCAAUUUCAUCAGUUUGCGGAAGACGGCACAGAGGCGAAGGCUGUCGAGGCCCAGCGAAUCAGAGUGCUCCUUCAGGAACCCCUUCGCCACGGGCACCACCUUAUUGAGUCCUUGAGCCUUCACACCCAUUUUCACGCCUCGGUCGAGUAGCUCCAUGGCUACGUCUCCGGCCACGGCAGCCAUCGCUACGACGGCUGACGGAUGUCUGCCAAGGGCAUCAUCCAGGGGCGUCAUUCCGCUCUGUCAGAGUCACGGGCCGGGACAAUAUCGACACGCAGCUCGACAGGUGCAGUGCAGCCUACCUUGUCUUUGAUCUUCAGGAGCUGCGGGUUCAUCCUCAACAUCCAGUAGACCACAUCGGCCUUGCCCCACUCUGCAGGAGAGAGCGAAGAAAGACACAUCGAAGACUCAUGCAGUUGUGUGGUCGUCAUUUGCAGGAGUGACUGACUUGCUGCCCAAUGAAGAGGCGUCCAGCCAUCCUGAAUCACAGCAUCAAAAAGACACAUGCUGUCCAAUGCACUAGUCGACAUUCCCUCGUCCUUACCUUGGUCCGAGCUUCCAGCAGCUCCUUGCCGCCCCACUCGACAAACUUCUCCACAACACCAACAGACCCGUUCUGUGCUGUCAAAUGAAGAGGCGUCUGGCCAUGCUGAACCACAGCAUGAAGAUAGGAGUGAAAACACCGGUCGGCGAAUGGGCAGAAUGAGUGUAAGUGUUGAGCAUGAUACCUUAUUUUUCAGGUUGAGCAGGUGGUGUCGGUUGUGCAGCAGCACCUCAAACACAGCCACGUCCCAACACUCCCCUGAGAAGCACACAAGGGUCACGUGGCUGCAUUGUGUGUGCAGUGGUGCGACGAGGCAUACAUGCGGCAUAAUGGACGGCAUGGUCAUCCUUUGAGUAGCCGUAUCCAGUCGUCAGCACUUUCUCGGCUUGCUCAGGCGACAGACCGGCGAGGGCCUCCCGCAGACCCGACGCAUCUGACCGAAGGAUAGCCGUCUCAAUGGUGUCUCUGAGGGCUUUCGUCGGUUCCCAAUCGUCGGCGGCCGGGGCACCCACCAAGGGCACCUGCAGAUGAAACACAGAAGUCCAAGAGAUCUCUCAGAGCGUGUGACCGUGCCGCGGUCGGCAUCACAGCCACAGACCUGCUCGAUGCGUCUCGGUGCCCUGGUGAUGUCAUCGGUGACGUCCGGCAGCUGGGGCUCCAUCAGCCCCUGCUCAUCGUCCUGCAGCAGAGGGACCUGGUCACUCGAGGCCGACGCUGACAUCUGCGAUGCAUUGAGGGAGGGAGGGACACAGACAUCAGAGGCCGAUGACCACACACGCAGAGAUGCACUAGGAGCAUUGCAAGGUGACCUUGGGAUGGCCCGUCUGUGUGUGGUGGAUGGCCUGCUGUGCGGCAGCGUCGCCCUCGUCGACUCUGCACCUUGUGUAGAGCUGUGCUUGGCUUGUAUGCAUGUGUACGAUCUGUGUCAACCGAUGGGACGGACACUGACUCAAUGAACCUGCACUGUCUGUCUUGUACACACACUCACCAUGAAAGCAGCCCAC